AUGUCCAUGAUGGAUAUUCUCCGCCCUCGCUUGCAGUCUUUAGCCGGAACACUAGUGUCUCACCGAGUUCUUUUGUACACUUUGUCCUCGACAGUCGCGAUUUCCGUUGUGAUCGCCAAUGCUCUGCAGAUUCACAGCAAUUUCUAUUCCGUCACUGUCUACUUGUCGAAGAGCAGCAGAAGCAUACUCGUGCUAGCGAACUUCAGUCUCCUUGUCGCCUUGGUCAUAGGGAGGAUCGUACAGCAAAUAUUCUUUGGCUCGCUGAGACCAUUGGAGGUGGAGCGACUUUACGACAGAAUGUGGUUCUUCGUUACGGAGUCACUGCUCGCUUUCACCAUCUUUCGAGAUGAGUUCGACAUUCCUUUUGCUAUCAUGUUUGGCUUCCUUCUCUUCGUCAAGUCAUUUCACUGGCUCAUGGCUGAUCGAGUUGAAUGGAUGGAUCAAAUGCCAUAUCCAGGACCACCUGCGCUCUUCCAUGUCAGGAUCAACAGCCUUUUUGUCCUUCUGUGGAUCACCAACUUCGUCAUGCUCGGAUUUGCUGUGGAAAGCAUUUUAGCUAAUGGUGUGGGGGCAAUGGUGCUGUUUGCAAGCGAGUAUGCCAUUCUCAUGGCAAGCGCUUUGAAUGCAAUGGCGAAAUAUGCGUUGUCUAUCUGGGAGUUUCGUCGUGCUGCAUAUCGUGGUGGUGAAAAUGCCCCUCCUUGGGAGAACAAAAGCAUGUGGGUCUUCUACGUUGAUUUGAUGACAGACUUCCUCAAGUUGACGACGUACCUGACAUUCUUCACUUUCAUUCUCACAUUCUAUGGGAUGCCUUUGAAUGUUGUUCGUGAUAUAUAUGUUACAGCUCGGUCUUUCAUCACCCGCCUUCGUACGCUCAUCCGCUACCACAACGCAACUCGAAAUAUGGACGAACGUUACCCCAAUGCAACCGAAGCGGAGAUGGUAGAGAUGAGCGACCGAACUUGCAUCAUCUGUCGUGAAGAGAUGAUAGUGCGUGAUACUCUCAGGGAUGACGAGCAUCGAGAUCAUCCUGAUACAUCUGAUACACCUCGAGACGGUCCAAACAUUACGCCGAAGAAACUUCCUUGUGGACACAUUUUUCAUUUCCACUGCCUUCGUUCGUGGCUUGAACGGCAGCAAAGUUGUCCCACAUGGUAG